AUGUUUGUUGCAAUGUUAAUUUUUUGUGAGGUAACUGAUCCAAAAAGAUUAUGGGAAGAAAACUGGAGUUUGUUAUCUGAAGGCAUCGAGAAACAAGAGAGAAAGAAAAGACGCAAUUUACAUCUGGAUCUUGAUGAAGCCGAGUUUAAAAAUCUAACCUUAAUUGACAUCGAAGAGAUAAUGGGGAGAAAUAGCAGAACUCUUAAGGAGUUUCCAUCGAUUCCUUUCCUAAACAAAGAAAAACAAUAUGCUUACAAAAAUAAAUUAAUAGAUGAGGAGCUAGCUUAUGAUACGGAAAAACUACGGAAUGAGCAUAUUAGACUGAAGAAUGGUUUGAAUACGGUUCAGCGAGAAAUAUUUGAUGUUGUUAGACAGUCAAUUAAAAAAGGGGACGGUGGAUUAUUCUUUGUUUAUGGGAGCGGUGAAUCUAAAGUUGUCCUGGCUGUUGCAUCAUCGGGCAUAGCAUCAUUGUUGCUUCCCGGGGGGAGGACUGCCCAUUCUCGGUUGAAGAUACCAAUAACUUUGGAAGACAACUCCACAUGCGAUAUUAGUCAUGGAACUCAGUUGGCAGGGUUGAUAAAAAAAGCUGAAAUAGUAAUCUGGGAUGAAGCACCGAUGAUUCACAGACAUGCUUUUGAAGCUCUAGAACGAACGGUGAAAGAUCUCAUGAAUGAGAGAAAGGACAAGACAAAGGAAAAACUGUUUGGCGUAAAAACUCUUCUGUUUGGAGGAGACUUUAGACAGAUAUUACCGGUAAUUCGUGGUGGAAGCCGAGAAAAUAUUAUCGAUGCUUCAAUUAGUAGGUCAAGGUUAUGGAAACAUUUCCAUGUAUUUGAGUUGUCUAAGAACAUGUGGUUGUUGCAUGGAAAUUGUAAUUCUGCUGAAAAACAAUCAAUAUCCGAAUUCAGCAAGUGGAUUUUGGAUCUUGGGGAUGGAAAACUACCAGCAAAAGCAAUAGAGGGUGAAGACGAUAAGCCAACUUGGAUUAAGAUACCCGAUGACCUGUUGAUUGAGAGUGGUGAAAAUCCCAUCAAAAUUAUAGUUCAGGCCAUUUAUCCUGGACUGCUUGAUAAAAUUGAGGAUUGGGAUUAUCUAAGGAAGAGGUGCAUCUUAACCCCGAAGAAUGACAUUGUUGACCAAAUAAAUGACUAUGUGGUUUCCAUGCAUCCAGGUAAAGAUCACGUCUUUCUAAGUUUUGAUUCAAUUAGUCCACAGUCGUAUGAUUUUGAAAAUGCAGAGCUGUUAUACAACCAGGAAUACCUGAAUAGUCAGAAACUAUCAGGAUUACCUAAUCAUGUGCUUCGAUUGAAGCUUAAUGUACCAGUAAUGCUUACAAGAAAUAAAAAUACAAGGGCGGGUCUUUGCAACGGUAAAACACUUAUUGUUACCAGGAUCAUGGCAAGAACUAUUCAAGUUAAGAUUAUAACUGGAAGUGCUGCUGGUAAGAGUGCUGUAGUUUCAAGAAUAGUCAUACAACCAACAGAGACGCACCUUCCUUUUAUCCUGAGAAGGGUGCAGUUUCCUAUUAAAGUAUGUUUCUCAAUGACAAUUAACAAGAGCCAGGGCCAGAGCAUCGACAAUGUAGGGAUCUAUCUUCCGAACCCAAUUUUCUAUCAUGGACAGCUCUAUGUUGCAGUCUCCAAAAAAACUAGCCGAAGUGGAUUGAAAAUUAAAAUUGAUAAGACAAAGGAUAUCGUACCAGAAGGGUAUACUCAGAAUGUGGUGUACAGGGAAAUAUUCACAAAUUUACACCAGAAGCAUAAAACACACCAGAUCCAGGAAAUUUCAUCUGAUAGGAGUCACUUGGAAGGGGAUCAAGAAAUCGAUGAAGAAAUGACACCAUUGAUCGAAGAUAGUGGUGACGAAUUCUCGGCAUUCAACAAUAGAAUGAUCGAAGAUAGUGGUGACGAAUUCUCGGCAUUCAACAAUAUAGUGAUCGAAGAUAGUGGUAGUGAAAAAGGAGAUCAAGAGAGUGAUGAAGAAAUGGCAUUGUUUGUCGAAGAUAGUGAUGACGAAUAUUAG